AUGGAGACUCACCAGUUUUCCAUAUAGUCAAUUUGAGUAUCAAAUCAGUAGAGUCAACUAUUGGUUAUGACAAAACUCUCAGCCAUAAAUGGAACUAUCAGCUCGAAACAUUGGUAAAAUUAAGAAAGAGAGUAAACCAAUGUGAAGAAGAUCUUCAGAAGCUCAUAAGAGGCAAGAACUGGACUAAUUUUUCAGAAGCUAAAGUAAAGAUCGAUUCACUGAAGCAAGAGUGGGAAAAUAGCGAGAUCUUAAUGGAAAUGCUCAAAUAUUUGCACAAAGAGGACAUCAGACUUCACUCAAUCAGAGUGGUGAAUGGAAGGAUCGCUCUUAGUGAGAAUGCAGCUUUGAAGAAAACCUUCCGUGAUUUGAGAAACGGGAAAAUUAAAAUAGAGACGAAUUUUAAUAAGAAAAUUGAUGAGCUUAGAGCUAAAGUUGGUGACUUCAGAAUACAAAAUGGUGAAUUAAGAGCCCAAAAUGACGAGCUCAGAACUCAAAAUGACGAGUUCAGAAGUCAUAAUGGCGAGUUUAUAACUCAAAAUAAUGAACUCAGAAGCCAAAAUGAAGAACUUAGAACUCAAAAUAAUGAACUCAGAACUCAAAAUAAUGAGCUCAAAGCUCAAAAUACUUUUAUUGUUAUUGAGAAGAGGGAUCUUAUAAGUGAACUUGAAGUUGCCAAAGAAAACUUGAAAGAGCUUGAGCAUCAGACUGCUCAAAUAAAUUGCCUCAAAGAUAACAAUACUAAACUAGAAAAAGAGCUUGCCAAAUCUCAAAGCAAAAACAAAGCACAACCUAGUCAAAUUGAAGAUCUCAGAAGCAACUUCCAAGACACGAAAGAAGUAGCUACUAAUUCGCAAACAAGCAUGGAGCAACUAAAGACAUCUCAUUCCCAAACAGACGGCAAAUAUGAACACUCUUUCAAGCACCUCCAAAAUACUUGUCUAAAUUUACAGCAAGCUCUCUCUGAGAGUAUAGAAAAUGUCUGGAUGGACAUUGACUUUUUCAAAGUUAUCCAGAAUCAAAACCAGAAAGCGAAUAAAGAUUUGUUAGAGUCUCUCAAAGAAAGUCAAACCUCAAACAAAGACUUUCUAAAAUCAAUUGAUGAAAUCCAAAAGACUCAAAGUAUGACCAAAGAAGUCAUAACUCAAAACCAGGCCUCAUUUGCAAUUCUCAGGAUAUUAGCAAACAAGAAUGGAGUUGACCUGACCAAGGAAGAGACUGAAUUCUUAAGCGAACUUUUAACCAGUAAAAACAUUACGCUCAACAUGAACAAUAAAGUGGACAAGGCGAUGCCUGCAUUAGUGAACAAGCAAAUGCUCAGCCAUUUAGAUCAAUUGACUAUGUACAAUAUUAACUUAACCAGCGAAGAUAAGCGUUUGAUUGAGUUUUGAAGGGUUGGACAUUCUGAGCUGACAACAUCCACUUCCUCUCCACCUGCAUCCCUCCCAAACUCCCCACUCUUAUCAUCAGCUUCUACCCAAGUUCUAAACCCAUAACUCCGUACCUGCCCCACAUCCUCAACCUCAAGUCCAACAUGACCUCCAAACUCUAUCUCUGUAUGGUGACCAUGAAGAAGUCAGAGGAAGAGCUGAUAGAGCAAGCUUUCAGCCGCAUCGAGCUUGUAUUUGGAAGUGUGAUAUUAGUAGAUGAAGAAUGAUCUGACGAUAGUUGGCAGUCGGAUUACUAAUAAGGGUUUGAUUUUUAAUGAUUCAGU